AUGUUAUUCACUCUUACAGUCCUGUGCUUCCUUCUGGUCAACGUCAACGGUGAUUCGGGCUGCAUCGACUACCAUGGAUUGAGUGAGUAUUACAUUCAGCGCAACCGACAAUUCAACCCUAGUCUGGUUUGGGCCAACGAUCUUGCAAGUGAGGCCUGUGACGUAGCAAAGGGUGAAGCCAAUGUAUUUGCAGGACAUUUCAAAGUUGAGGCGGAAAAGAAAUUCCCGACUGAUCAAAAACUGCCCUUCAAAUUGAUGGCCCGACAAACCCUCUUCAGAUUGCGAGAUUCUGCUUUCAAUGUGGCUCGAAUGAGGUCGGUGCGACCAGAAUUUGGAUGCAACAGUCACUACAAAGACAAUAUCAUGAAAGUGGUGUGCCUCUACAGGGAUGAAGAAUGA